UUCUUUCAUCUUAUCUGAGGUGCAAAGUCCACUGUCGCCAUGUCUGAUACCGAGGAUGUUGUUGACGCCGUAGAAGAGGAAGUUGUAGAGGAAGUUGAGGUGGCCCCAGAGGCAGCACCUGAGCCAGAGCCAGAGCCAGAGGCAGAACCAGAACCAGAACCAGAACCAGAACCAGAGCCAGAGCCAGAACCAGUGGUAGAACCAGAGCCAGAACCAGAGCCAGAACCAGAACCAGAGCCAGUGGUAGAACCAGAGCCAGAACCAGAGCCAGAACCUGAGCAGGAAGAGGCCAUUGAAGAGGAAGACGAGAAGCCCAAGUUCAAGGCACCAAAGAUCCCUGAUGGCGAAAAAGUGGACUUUGAUGACAUCCAGAAGAAGCGUCAGAACAAGGACCUGGUGGAGCUGCAGGGGCUGAUCGAUGCUCACUUCGAGCACAGGAAGAAGGAGGAGGAGGAGCUUAUUGCCCUCAAGGACAGAAUCGAGAAGCGCAGAGCAGAGAGAGCAGAGCAGCAGAGGAUCAGAGCUGAGAAGGACAAGGAACGCCAGGCCAGACGUGAGGAGGAGAGGCUGAUGAGGGAGGAGGCAGAUGCCAAGAAGAAGGCUGAUGAGGACGCUAAGAAGAAGUCUGCGCUGUCCAACAUGGGCUCCAACUACAGCAGCCACCUGCAGAAGGCCGACUCCAAGAGAGGAGGAAAGAAAGAGACUGAGAGAGAGAAGAAGAAGAAGAUCUUGGCUGGCAGACGCAAGGCUGCGAACAUCGACCAUCUGAACGAGGAGAAACUGAGGGAGAAGGCUAAGGAGCUGCAUGAUUGGAUGACCUCCCUGGAGUCUGAGAAGUUUGACCACCUGGAGAGGCUGAAGAAGCAGAAAUAUGAGGUCACAAGCCUGCGUAAGAGAGUGGAGGAGCUCAGUAAAUUCAGCAAGAAGGGAGCAGCCGCUCGCCGCAGAAAGUAAACGGUUUUAUCCCGCCACUAGCAGCCCAAACUGCCGCUGCACCGGACACAAGUCGUCUACUGCAGACACGUACACUAUCGCUAAGGGCAUCGCUCAGACAACUCUGACCCAGAGUCUUACUGUUUGUUUCACAAAAGUCGUGCUACAACCAGCAAGAGGUCGUUAGCUGUUGUUGUAGGAACAUCUGUCAUCACUCUUUCAAGCCCUGGACUGUUUGGUUCUCAGUAUUUUUGUAAAUAAAGUGUGACUCUCCA